AUGGGGGAAAGUGGUGGAUUCAAGAGUGCGGGGGUGAAUCAAUCACGAGGCAUGAAACCUCCUACUGAAAGUCUUCAAGUCAUUGCUUGUUACGACCUUUCCAAAAUGAUGAGGAAGGAACUUGAAUGGUGGAAACGUGCGAUCGAGCUCGUCGAGACAUUGGGCAUGAAGCUAGGCGAAGGUUCAAAAGAGGCGAUGUCCAUCACUCAGCUUUUUGUACCGGUAGGCUCAGCGGGCGUCUCGCGCAGCUUUGGCAGACCUUUUAUCACGCAUAGAUCUGAAUACGAGCUCUCUAUGGAGACAGACAAAAAACGAGGGAGCCGCUCUUGCGAGGACGAAGACUCUGUAGAGGGGAUUCCGGAGUGCGAAAAGCUUACGAAGCCGCGCAAAGGGGAGGUUAUCUUCAUGCACCCGAGAGUGCUGACCGUAAAAAUCAGGUCUUACGCCAUCAACUUCCAGUCGUGGUCGAGGUCGUCUGCGACUUGUGACCUUGUAAGCCUUGGCUAUUCCAUAAGAGCAGGCAUUCUCGCCGAGCAAGAAUAG